GGAGAAGAAGAACAUAGUUCCCAUAAUUUAAGUCACAAGUUGGCGGACUUCAAGUAGUGAAGUAAAACUUCUGCCAUGCAUUUCCAAAUCUCAGUGGGUCAGUCAAAAAGCGGACAGUCUGAUCUUGACUGCACUCAAAUGUUAUUUAUAGAUUUUCUUUGAUACGUUUAAAAAUAAUGCUUCUCAUUGAAGACAUCAUAGACGUUUAGGAGUUUCGCCAGGAACCUCUGUUCUUUGAGUGUAGUCGAUCAUUAUUUGGGAAUAAAUAACCACAAGGGCGUUUCAGGACAAAUCCAACUAUGGCGGACGUAAGAACUGUGAACGUUGUAGUUUUAGGCGUUGGAUUUUUGUUAAUUUUUACUGCCUUCACUACCUGUGGAAACAUCGAGCAAACACUGAUAAAAAGCCUGCAGAAUGAUACAUUCACUGGAAGUGGUUACCACAGCCUCGGAAUCAUCUAUGGAGUUUUUUCCUUCUCAAAUUUUCUUGCGCCAACAGUUGUUGCAAUACUUGGCCCCCCAUGCACAAUGCUCAUCAGCGGUAUACUUUACAGUUGUUAUAUAGCGGUGUUCAUUGUUCCAACUACAUGGUCUUUUUACUUGACAUCUGUGAUCGUUGGCGCAGGAGCAGCCAUGCUGUGGACCGCACAGAGUCACUUCCUGGUGGAGAACUCUGACGCCUCCACCAUAAACCGGAACACAGGGAUGUUUUGGGGUCUUUUGCAGUGCAGCAUGCUAUUUGGCAACCUUUACAUUUAUUUCGCAUGGAAUGGAAGCACCGAAAUCUCAGAGCGGGGCAGGAAGAACCUCUUCACGACGCUGCUGGUGACCUCCGGGGUCGGUACGCUCUGCUUCCUGGCGCUGAGGAAGACGCAGCACCAGCAGGACGAUAUGAUCUCCGACGACGAAGGCCGCUCCCUGCUCUCGGCGCCCAUGAUGUAUAAACAAAGAGCAAACACUGCUGUAAAGGAUGCCAAGGCAGAAUUCAAGACCAUCCUCCAACUUCUCAGUUCCAAAACAAUAUUGCUCCUGAGCAGCUGCAUGGCAUACAGUGGUCUAGAGCUGUCUUUCUACAGUGGAGUGUAUGGUACUUGUAUUGGUGCGACGGAACAGUUUGGGGAGUCGGCGAAAGGCCUAAUUGGCAUUUCUGGAAUUGUAGUUGGCAUUGGAGAAAUAAUAGGUGGGGGGUUUUUCGGACUGAUGUGCACAAACAAUCGCUUUCGCCGCACGUCGGUGGUCUUCCUGGGGAUGGUGGUCCACUUUGUCGCCUUCUACCUGAUCUUCCUCAGCAUCCCGGACGACGCUCCCAUCGUGCUGAAGACCAGUGCACAGUUCACGUCCUAUCUAACUCCCAGUGUUUCCAUAGCGCUGCUUUGUAGCUUCCUACUGGGUCUUGGAGACAGCUGCUUCAACACCCAGCUGUACAGCCUCCUGGGCUGUGUGUACGCAGAGCAGAGCACACCUGCCUUCGCCAUCUUUAAGUUCAUCCAGUCGAUUUUUGCAGCGUUGGCCUUCUUCUACAGCGGAUACCUUCUGUUGAGAUGGCAACUCCUACUCAUGGUCAUACUGGGAUUCACGGGGACCUUGGGUUUCUUCCUGGUGGAGAGGAUGCAGAACAUCUCCGUAGACACGCAUGACCCCUAGGAAUUAGUUGUGAAGGAGUGUAGUUAUUGAGGGAGGAGAGGGGUGUGUGUUCUCAUAAGGAUGACUAGCUUUUAUAUGUGAUUAAUAUUGUGACUUCCAGCUUUGUUUUGAAAUGUAAUAUUAUAAAUGAACGGACAUUACUGUAAUUUCACUUGCACAUUGCGUUCUCUUGCUGGCAAAUGCUCUUUUGCUACGGGCUAAUAUUCAUGAAUAUUUAAGUUUAAACUGCGCUGUUGCGCAUCACUAAUAUGCUGUUUUGAUAUUAACGCUGACAUUUUAUUAACAUGACUAUUUACUAUUAUUAUUUUAUUGUCUCAAUGUUGAAGGUGAUGUUAGCAACACGAGUAUAUUAUAAUCUUUAGAACUGCAUUCUGCUUUGAAGAUUGUUGCAGAAGCCAAACAGGAUCAGGUUUUUUGGUACGUGUAUGUUACUAUGUUUAGAAACUUAAGGCAUUUAACCAGAACCAAGAUUUGUGUAAAGGCUAAACUGUAGCAUCCUCUUUUUAAUAACUCAAUUGGAAUGGACAAUCUCUAGUAUGUCGAACAAACUAAAAAGACUGGAUUACAGGGUUCCUUUUUUUUUUCCAAAUCCUAUCAGAGCUUGGUUUACAUUUAUUUUUACAUUUAUUUCAAUUUUGUGUUCUUUUUUAUCAGAGACAAUGAGAGAUUUACAUUUAAAACACAAGAAAAUACUUAUAUGAGACAAUCACCAGUUCAGUAACAUUUAUUGCUCAAGUUUAAAUAAAUGGUAGGGUUAUAAUAUUUAUUUAUAUUUGGUAAAUGUCAUACGAUGGAAAUGGAUGUCACACAAUAAACUCUGUCCUGUGUUAUUUUAUAAAGCUUUUUACAUUACUACAA